AUAUCCAACCCAAAUGGCUUUUUCUUUUUUCUUUUUCCCUUUGCCAUCAUCGGACGAUCCUCUAGCCUCUCUCGGCUCCCUUCUCUCACAUCCAUCCAGGGCACACCGCGACCCACCGCCGACGACCACCGCCGCUUCCUACCUCCGAUCGCCUUCUGCGGCCCCACCUGCCACCUCCGCUCCCGGCCUCCGGCCGCCGUCUCCACCCUAGGACUAGCUGGCCUGAUAAGAUACAGAAAUGGCUCAAUCCAGCAGUAAUGUGAGUGCAGAGGCUGUUGGAGUUGAUAACACCUUUAGAAGGAAAUGGAACCGAGAAGAAUAUUUGGAGAGAGCUCGAGAACGAGAAAGGGAAGAGAAGGGAGAGGAGGGCCACUUUAAAUCCAUAGCCAAAGCUCCUCCUGUUCAACGGAAACCCUUGAAGCAUAGGGAUUUUGAAGUUGACCUUGAAUCUCGUCUGGGAAAAACUCAGGUUGUUACUCCAAUUGCACCAUUAAGCCAGCAGGCUGGAUACUACUGUGCAGUAUGUGAGUGUGUAGUAAAAGAUUCAGCAAACUACCUGGACCAUAUUAAUGGAAAAAAGCAUCAGAGAGCUUUGGGUAUGUCUAUGCGGUCGGAGAGGGCAACUCUUCAACAGGUCCAACAAAGAUUUGAAGUGCUUAAGAAGCGGAAAGCCCCGGGUAGCUUUACUGAGCAAGAUUUAGAUGAGAGGAUACUAAAACAGCAGCAAGAGGAGGAAGAACGCAAGCGUCAACGCCGAGAAAGGAAGAAGGAGAAGAAGAAGGAGAAGGCUGCGCAGGAUGAAUCAGAGGACAUUGAUCCUGAUGUGGCCGCCAUGAUGGGUUUUGGAGGUUUCCGGUCAUCGAAAAAGUGAGAAGUGCCUCAUCAGUCUCUAUCAACACUAGACAUGCAACAUUUACCGACCCCAUCUUUUAAUGAGAAUUUUGGCGGAGCAGACUAUGAAAUGACAAAGCUGUUGCUCUGUUUUGUUUCUGGACGUGUUUUGCAAUGAUUAUGAAGGGCUGUAGACUUAAUGUCACAGAAUUUGAAGGUUUAGUAUGUUGAUGCUCUUACGGUUGAAGUCAAAAUGAUCUAAAUUCUCUGUAAUUUGUGAUUUUCAGUGAAUCUGCUCUCUUCAAUGGUUCAUGGAUAGGAUCCCUGCAAUUUUAUGGAUGGCCGCAUAGUUGCUGAUCUUGAGAAGAAAAGAAAAGUCUAAAUUGCUCUGUUUGUUCUGGGUACAUUUUCUCCUAUAAUUUCAUCCACUUAUCAGAACUUAAGGAUAGCAAAAUUAGGAUGUGUAAAAUUCUUCAACAUGUUUUUAUUUUGUCCAACUCCUAAGCUGAAAAUUGGUUCUCCUCGGUACUUAAAACAGCAGCUAUUUUGUGUCCUUCAUGUUUUUGGUUCCUGCAGGGAAAUCAAUUUUUGCCUAUACAUUCACAUUAAUGUUGAAAAAAUCUACAUCUAAUUGUACAUUUGGACCACUUUCAGUUAAAUACCUCAUAUAUGCUUAAAUCAUUAAUUCACAAAACUAGCCAUGCACAUUGUAUAUGUGAGAUGCUAGCUGUGUACAUCAAUCAAAAUCCUGAGUCUAAUUAUAUUAGUCUCGAUCAUUGUCUGGUAAUCGUAUAGUUCAAUUUCCUCAAAAAAAAAA